AUGAACUGUUAAGAAUAUAUUCGCUAUUCAGAUAUUUUAGAUGGCAAAUAUGAAAUUGAUCAAUUAGAAUCCAUACAUAGAACAGACUUAUAUCGAUCAACAAGUUAAGUUUAAACCAAUCAUUAUAAAGAUUUGAUACAAGACUUGAUCUAAGUAUGAUAUUCAUUUAUCAAAAGGCUUAAAGUAGAUGUGCUGAUAAUAUCAAUCAACUUGGUUACAUGCUCAAUUAGUAAUCAAGCAAGAGAUAUACAUAAUCAGAUUUUUCUACUCCUAAACUUAAUAUGUCAUAAGUCUCUCAGUUUUCAUAAGUAUAAACACCUAACAAAUUAAUAUAAAGUAAUUCUGCAUAACCACAAUUAUUGAACUAAUUAAACAAUGAGUAAUCAUUAUUCAUAAGAUUUUAGCAACCUUUUGGAUCAUAUUGAUAAAUUAAUUAAAAUUAGAAAGUUGGACUAAUCUAUACUAUUAAGAAUUAUAAGAAAGCAUAUGAAUGAAUGUCCAUAUUUCGUAUAAUUAGUCAAGCAAGAGUUUCGUAACAGUAUAAAUAGUUUGCAAUGAUUAUUAAUGUACUUGGAG